GAGCCGCGCAGCCGCCGCCGCCGCCGCCACCGCCGCCGCCGUGGGAUGUGGCCGGCGUCCGCCCCGAGCCGCGCCGCCUCCUGAGUGCCCGCCGCCGUCCGAGCCGCUGCCGCCGCCGCCGAGCCGUGCGGGGCCAGGCCGCGCCCUCCCCGGGCGCCCGCCGGCUCGCAUGCCGAGGGGCUCCGGGGCGUAGCUGCGCGCCCGGCGCCGCCUCCGGGCUCCCCCGGCCCCGCCAUGGGCUGCUGCAGCUCCGCCUCCUCCGCCGCGCAGAGCUCCAAACGAGAAUGGAAGCCACUGGAGGAUCGUAGCUGCACAGACAUACCGUGGCUGCUGCUUUUUAUCCUCUUCUGCAUUGGGAUGGGAUUUAUUUGUGGCUUUUCAGUAGCAACAGGUGCAGCAGCGAGACUAGUGUCAGGAUACGACAGCUAUGGAAAUAUCUGUGGGCAGAAAAAUGCAAAGUUGGAAUCAAUACCAAACAGUGGCAUGGACCACACCCAUCGGAAGUAUGUAUUCUUUUUGGAUCCAUGCAAUCUGGACUUGAUAAACCGGAAGAUCAAGUCUGAAGCACUGUGUGUAGCGGCAUGUCCAAGACAAGAACUGAAAACCCUGAGUGAUGUUCAGAAGUUUGCAGAGACCAAUGGCUCAGCACUAUGUCGCUACAACCUAAAGAUUUCUGAAUAUACAUCUUCAAAAGCUGCUUCUCUUUGCCCCAAACUACCAGUUCCAGCGAGUGCACCUAUUCCAUUCUUCCAUCGCUGUGCUCCUGUGAACAUUUCCUGCUAUGCCAAGUUUGCAGAGGCCCUGAUCACCUUUGUCAGUGACAAUAGUGUCUUACACAGGCUGAUUAGUGGAGUAAUGACCAGCAAAGAAAUUAUAUUGGGACUUUGCUUGUUAUCACUAGUUCUAUCCAUGAUUUUGAUGGUGAUAAUCAGGUAUAUAUCAAGAGUACUUGUAUGGAUCGUAACAAUUCUGGUCAUACUGGGUUCACUUGGUGGCACAGGUGUACUAUGGUGGCUGUAUGCAAAGCAAAGAAAGUCUCCCAAAGAAACAGUUAUUCCUGAACAGCUUCAGAUAGCUGAAGACAAUCUUCGGGCCCUCCUCAUCUAUGCCAUUGCAGCUACAGUGUUCACAGUGAUCCUGUUCCUGAUCAUGUUGUUCAUGCGCAAGCGUGUUGCUCUCACUAUCGCCUUGUUCCACGUGGCUGGCAAAGUCUUCAUUCACUUGCCAUUGCUAGUCUUCCAACCCUUUUGGACAUUCUUUGCUCUUGUCCUGUUCUGGGUGUACUGGAUCAUGACACUUCUUUUUCUUGGCACUGCUGGCAGCGCUGUUAAGAAUGAGCAAGGCUUUGUGGAGUUCAAGCUCUCCGGGCCUCUGCAGUACAUGUGGUGGUACCAUGUGGUGGGCCUGAUCUGGAUUAGUGAGUUCAUUCUAGCGUGUCAGCAGAUGACGGUGGCAGGAGCAGUGGUGACGUACUAUUUUACUAGGGAUAAAAGGAAUUUGCCAUUUACACCUAUUUUGGCAUCAGUGAAUCGCCUUAUUCGUUAUCACCUUGGUACGGUGGCCAAAGGAUCUUUUAUCAUCACCUUAGUCAAAAUUCCACGAAUGAUCCUUAUGUAUAUUCACAGUCAGCUGAAAGGAAAGGAAAAUGCCUGUGCUCGAUGUGUGCUGAAAUCCUGCAUUUGUUGCCUUUGGUGUCUUGAAAAGUGCCUAAAUUAUUUAAAUCAGAACGCAUACACAGCCACAGCUAUCAACAGCACCAACUUCUGCACCUCAGCGAAGGAUGCCUUUGUCAUUCUCGUGGAGAAUGCUUUGCGAGUGGCUGCCAUCAACACAGUGGGGGAUUUCAUGUUAUUCCUAGGCAAGGUGCUGAUAGUCUGCAGCACAGGCUUGGCUGGGAUUAUGCUGCUCAACCACCAGCAAGAUUACACAGUGUGGGUGCUGCCUCUGAUCAUCGUCUGCCUCUUUGCUUUCCUCGUUGCUCAUUGCUUCCUGUCCAUUUAUGAAAUGGUAGUGGAUGUGUUAUUCUUGUGUUUUGCCAUUGAUACAAAAUACAAUGAUGGGAGUCCUGGCAGAGAAUUCUAUAUGGAUAAAGUACUGAUGGAGUUUGUGGAAAACAGUAGGAAAGCAAUGAAAGAAGCUGGUAAGGGAGGCGUUGCCGAUGCCAGAGAGCUAAAACCGAUGGCUUCGGGAGCAAGUUCUGCUUGAACCUAGCCGACCGUAUGGAACCCAUUGACAUUCCAAAACAAUAUAUACACAUAACUAUGUAUUUGUGUGUGUGGGUGUGUGUAUAUAUGUAUAUGUAUGUGUGUAUAUAUGUAUAUGUAUAUACACACACACACAUAAUCAGCCAAAAUCAGAGAAAAGGAACAGGGAUUUAAUACCUUUUUUAUGCUUAUUUUUGUCAAACAUGUACUCCUUUCAUACGGGUGGCUUUUACAAGGCAACUGCCGUCAUUUAAUGUUUUCAAUUGUAAUUGUCUUAAUGGAAAUGUUAAGAUUCAUAUCUGAUUAACAUUUUUAAUAACUUAGAGGAGAUUUUUAACUUUAGUUAUUUAAAUUAGGUAAAAUUAUUGUACCGAAUUCUCUGUCUAAAGUUGAUUCAGGGGUGAUUUCCCUGAUGUGUACAUAAAAUCAAGAUCUUAUUUCACUGAUGCAUAAGUACUAGUGGAAUGAGACUAGGCAUAUGCUGUCAGAGAAAUAAGGAAUUACUCCAAUCAGUUUUCCCCAAUCAAAGAAGCCAUGUCAUUUUAUUUUUCAAAACAUACAAGUGGACCCAAUAUGGGAAGUUUCAUAAUCGCUCAUGCAUUUGUCAGCCAACAUUAAAAAGUAACCAACUCCUCAGGUAUUUGUAGUUUACCCUAAUGCUUCUAUAAGAGAGUAGGUGAAAAAGAAAAGGGUAGAUAAUCUUUCUUAUGCAAACUUUUUUCUUAUGGUUUGUCUUUCAUUUUUGACUUUAGUCGCAUCUUUCACACAUGUUGUGCCUGGUUUGAAAGGAAGCUGGAGCACCCAAUGAGCAUAGCCUUUAAGUUCCCGUGUAUUGAUUUGCAGAUGAAGUAAUUGCUGGGCGGGAUGAAGAAGGGAGAGAAACGUGGAACACAGAGCAUUGAAAAGCCCAGUGAUGGGCUCCUGCUCCAGAGGGACAGGUGUGACUUAGGGCUAAGGAGCCAUUUUAUUCAAACGCUUGCUGUAAAACCUGAAAACACCCUGGCAGGUGCUCCUCUCCUUGGCAGUUCAUCAAGUAUCCAGAAUUCUACAAUGUUUAACUGAAGAAUUGGUUAAUGUUCUAAUCCUCAAGUGUUGAACUUUUUUGUUUGUUUGUUUGUUUGGGGCUGGGUUACGGGUGUUUGUUUUUUUUUUAAUGAUUAUUCCUAAAGCUUACCAGAUAUGAAUGGCUAAUAUUCCAUUGUUCUGCUUAUUGUAAUGGUGAAUGCUUUAAGAAAAAAAAGUGUAAUUUGCUAAGAAUAAUUCAUGAUCUGUUUAUGCGAUAACUCCUUUUUGUUACAAUUUUUUUAAAAAAGGCUAUUUUUGUUAAUGUAAAGUAAAUAUUUCAGAGCAAAUUUUUUAAACUUAUUGCACUAAAUACAGGCUCUGUACAAAAAAAAAAAAGUCUCAGCAUUUUAUCAUUCCAUGGAAGGAGAAUCUUUUGAAAGAAAGCAUUGCUUCCUACCAGAAUUAGCGAAUUAGACCGGUGUUAUGGAAAUGCACACAAUUAAUGUCAGUAGGGCUUACUAAGCAGCUGUUUGCUAAUGUGCUUCCUUUCAAAGGGUUGGACCUUUAAAUUGCUGCAAAAGGUAAAUUGUAUUUUUUUUAAGUAUCCGUGUUCUUUAGCUAGGCUAAAAUAUGCUAAAUACUUUGGUUUCUUUUCAGAGCUCAUGUAAUAUUUCUGACUUUUCAGAAUAUUUGCAAUAAGAGUCUGAAUUUUUUUUUGUUUUGUUUUUUAAAGAAAACACCUAGUUAAGAGCUCAUGUCUUGGCAAAACCUGGGAAACCAACAUUGUGAGAGUAGCUAUUUUGAAACAAUAAUUCUCCAGAAGUUAACAUCUAACACUGACAGACUGUAUCAUUGUACUCUUUUAUAUCAGUUGAAAAGAAUAAAUAUAAUUAUGUAACUAACAAUUAUCCAAAUAGGUGAGAGAGCAAAUCAUCUGAGAAAAUUCAGAAUACCUUCUGUUUCCUAGCCACACAGAUUUUGGACAUUAAGAAACAUUGAGAACUAAAUUUAGGAUUGACAAAAAUCUGGAAGAUGGGUAUCAAAACAGAAGACAUUUCCAGGAGCUAGCUAUUUUAGGAGGUGUCCCUCCAAAGUGACCUGAUGGAAGUCUUGAAUUUGGAAAUUAGGUUCUCCUCACUUGGACAACCCAACAUCAUGGACUCUUGCUGCUUCCUGUUCCAUAUGCUCGCAAUCUCAACUAUUUGGAAGCCACCAGGAAUGCUUUCUAAUUAUCAUUUGCAACUAGAACUGUAAUCAGAAAGAAAUUUUGUAUUUUUGUAUAACUUGACUGUGUGCCAUUUUAUA